GAUUUCGAAUUUCCCGGCCGCGCCGCCGCGUCUCAAGUUGCGAAAUUUUUACUGCAGUCUUGCAUGCGACCGCUUGGUGUUGAUGAUGGAGAGGCUCCUAAAUAAGUGGGGAUUAGGUGGUUUAGUUGCUGUGUUUGAAGGACAUAAGUGCUAUUCUGGAAAAGGCUGCUGGUGGCCAGUCCAUUCUCGGUGAACUUGAAGAAGGUGGACCACAGAGUGCCUCUAACAGACGAAGAAUGGUGAGAAUAGUUGUAUCCCACCUCAUGGAGAAAUAUGGAAACAAACCAUCUGCUGAACAGAAGGUGGGCAUGGCAAUAUCCAUGAUUCAACAAUUUCCAGCACUGAAAAAUGUUGAAGGACCUGGUUAUGAAGCAUGGUAUACACCAGCAGUAGAGGGUGAACAUGCAAAGGGCUUCAUCGAAGAAAGGUUGAAAAAUGUGAGAAAGAGAAUGCCAAAGCAAGGGUGGACAUCUUUGGAACCUUCAAGUUCAAGUGAGGAGAACCAGAAAGAACCAUCAACCAAGGAAAAAAUUGAAGAACUAAAAUCUAAAGAAAAAGAUAUGGAGCCGGAGAACUUGGAAGAAAUGAAGCAAUGGCUUCAACAUAAUAAUAGCCCUAUCCCUAAAGUGGUGGAAUUCAUGAAGAAGACUGCACUGAAAAGACAAGAAAAAUUCACUCAGAGAAGAAAUCUACCGUGCAUGACAUCGAGUUGCAAUGGCCUCGACUCUUUGAUGUCCCUAACAUGAUAGAUGGUGAUUUCAGAGCAGUUCAUGGGGAUGUGUCUGACAGAUUAAUCAUGAAAUGGACUCAAGAACUGGCAAAAAAACUACUGCAGUAUGGAGAAAAGCAAAGUCCACAAGUGCAAGCCGAUAUAGAUGAUCAAAGUGCACAGGAUGCAGGUCUGACAGCACUGCCCUUGAUACUGCCUACAGGAAAACUGUCAAACGCAAAGAAAUCCAGGGCUACGGUGAAAGAAGCAAUGGAGUCCUUCAUUGAUUUUCAGCCGAUAGGGACAAACCUCCCUCAAUACUUGGAUGGACUCAUGUCAAAGAGGCGGCAACCAUUUGUCCUGGCCCUUGGCCCACAGAAAGCGCCAGCACAAUAUUUUGCUGUGGUUGAGGGCCGUGCCCUUAAGCAAGACAGCCUUCUGAAGGCUGUUGAUGUGUGUUUCAAGUUGUUUUAUGUACUUGACCUGGAGUAUCCAUCUGCGUGCUAUACUACAUGGGAGUUUAUUCAAAAAGUUCUGUACCAGGUAAAUGCCAAAGACAGGAACACCACCUCCUGUGUGAGGUCAUUAAGGACAUAUGUCCUUCAUACUUAAUUUUCAACCAUUUAAUGGUCAAUGUCAGUUCAGCAGAACUCAAAAUUCUGAUAUGUCUCCUAAUUUGGAUAUGUCUGUAUGCCAUGUAUGAAAUUCAAUACUAAAAUGGAUUUUACAAGUUCAGGUAUCGAGGUACGUCAAUUCCUCAAGGCAGCAGCUCCACGUGCGUACUUAAGCAGCAUCUUCAAUUGCUUGCGUGUGUACGCAUGCGCCUUUAGGGUUCCUUUGUGACAUCAGAUAAAUGCGUAUCAAUUUCACUGCCUAUCCUUUUCAAAUCUAUUUUAGUCAUUCGUAUACAGGGGGGUACAAAGGGUAUCCAAAUUCCAAUACCACAUUUUGAUUUUAAAUUUUGCAAGCAACAAAACAAACAAAAUUGCAAAGUGGCAAGUAUGCCAACAUUUUCAUUUUGUCUGCUAAAUACCUCUGCGUUUUAAAUUGUAUCUCUGCAAAUUAAUGCUAGUGGCUUUAGAAGAUGGGUUUGUGACAAAAAGCUCAAACUUGUCAUUUUUGUGGCAAAUUAUGGUUUUUCGAUCAGUUAAAUUUAUAGACUAGGUUUAAGCCAAAAUGUUUGCACAGAUAACAUUUAAUGUACAUAAGUUAAUAUAUAGCAGACACAUUAAGCAAGUUUUGACAUAAUUACCACUGUGUGAUAUUGUUUUCUUGACAUUAAUAUUCUGGUAGCAGAAUUCAAAGACCUUAGCCCUCAUUCAUUAUACUAUGCCAUAACCAAGGCGCAUAUCCAAAUUGUGAUUCGUAUUUUGAGUUCCGCGAGUUGAUGUUAUUUAUACCACUGGAUGUACUGAACUACAUAGGCCCUUCAAACUAGAAUUUAAUGAAAAUGAAAAUAAUAUGCUGAACUGCAUACUUAUCAAUGUUUAGCUUGGGAUCAUUGUACUAACCUUGGUGUGAUUGUGAGAGGAGAGGGUGGCCACUCAUGUGUAUACUUUCAAAAAUGACCCCAAGCUAGGAUUCACCAAAAGUGGUCAAAUUUACCCCAAACAAGGAUUUUAAUUGACAAAAAACACCCCAAACAAGGGGUAAAAUACCAUGUGAUCACAAGGUGUGAUUGCGCCAGUGAAAUGACUAGAAUCUAUGAAUAAGUGAUGUAAUGUGUGGUAAUUGAGUUGUAUUGCCUUUUUACAAUUGAAGUGUUACAAAUAGCAAGUUUUACUUUUACUGAUGGAAUUAUAAUACACGGCAAGUUUAAAUUUAACUGAUAUUACUGCAAAUAGCAAGUUUGAAUUUAACUGAUACAUUAUUAGAAUUUGAUUAAUUUCAACUUUGAAUUUAACUGAUAGAAUGACAACUAUUAACUGAUUAAAAAAAAUGAUGUAACUGAUAGAAUUGUAAAUUAUAGCAAGUUUCAGUUUAAGAAUUGGUGUGACCCUUGGUACAUUGCUGUUUGCUGACAAAGCAUUUUUCAGAUGUUGGACUUGCAGCUACUGCUCCCGAGUUGCAAUAGAGUUACAUAGAAUGUGUAGAAGUAUUUCUUUGAAAUAGUUACAAAUAUAAUUUUAUAGAGGGAAUUUUCCAAAAGGUCCUUCCUGUUCAAAAACCCAAUGUAAAUACAUUAAUAUGACUUUAAAAUGGUACAUGUGUAAAACCCAUUGAAAUGAGCCCGAUACAUAGUGUUUAUGGAUCGAUCAGCAAUGCAGCUUGAUUGGUGGCGAACACAAGUGAAGAAAUUCAUGUUUUAAUUCGUACUUUUUCGAUAUGAACUGAAAUUGAAUUUGUUUUAAAUUAAUUAAGCAAAUUGACUUCCAUGUUAUCCUGUAACUUAUUCAGUAUUAAUGUACAUCAGUGUAAAAAAAUUGGGUAAACAGGAAUGCAGAUGAUAUGCAGCUUUUCUUGGGACAAUUCAUGUAAUAACAUCUAGGUGUCAGAUGUGGUGUAUCAUAUGCGUGUGUAAAUGCCAUCAUUCCAUGUGAAUCUGAUGCAGACACUUUGUAGAUGGCAUACAGAUCUUCAAUAGAGAAGAUUCAUCUUGACAAAACCAAUAUCAAUUACUGACCUGACAGUUUCGGCCAUCCUGGUCGAAAGCCAUCUUCUCUAGAGGGCGUUCCGACGAGAAUUGGAUCAUAACUGUCAGGUCAGUAAUUGAUAAUUGGUUUUGUCAAGAUGAAUCUUCUCUAUUUAUGAUGUCAAUGCAGUCAAACCAGAUGAAUUUAUUCAAGAAAAAAUCAUACAGAUCAGAUAUUUGGCCUACUACCACAUCAUUGAUCAAUCAAGGUCAAUUAUUUGAAAAGCAAAUUAUAAAAUCUGUAAUGUCUUAAUAAUGUUAGAAAAUGCUUCAGUGCUUUUCAAUUUGACAGUGUACUUUUUAGGAUCAAAUUUUAAAUGUUACCACUCUUGUAUUGCUAUUUAUUGUUUUGGAAGCAUCUAAUAUGUUCUUUAUAAAUAAAUUAUUUGUUUAUGCACAAUAA